AGCAGGUGUCCCACAGGAUGUCUGGAGACCCCGAGAGGACUAGCAGCAUGGCCUUGAAGUGGUUUACAGGGGCGCCCUUUGGGGUGCAGAGCCACAGGUUUGAUGUCUCUGCUGUGCACCCCAGCCAGAAGAAGUCCUGCACCUUCACAGAGGUUCCCUACUCCAAGAAGCAUUCUGUGGAUGUGUCCCACAUAGGACCUGGGACCUACAAGAGCAAAGAGACCUGCUUCAGCAAGAAGAAGCUAAAGAAAGAGAUGGGCACAGGCUGGGCCAGAGCUGAGGAAGCCACCCGCCUGACCCAGCUGCCCCACUUCCAGUAUCAGACCAGACUAAGAGAGAAGCGGCUGCAGAAGGAAAAGCUGGGGCCUGGCUCCUACAACUUCAAAGACUUUAUUGAGCAGCUGCAGCAGAAGCCAUGCAGCACCCGAGGGCUGCUCAGCUCUGGAGAGAUCAGAUUCCGAGGCUUCAUCGGGAACUACUACCCAGGCCCUGGCAAUUAUGGGGAGAAAGGCAACCCCUACACGAAGCUGGAGGAGAGCGCCUGGGACCGGUCUCACUCCGAGGGCCUCAUGUGCAGGAUGACUAACAAGCCGCUCCCCCUGGAACAUCAGGGGAGCGGCCUGGCACCGAACACCUACUUACUCAAAAGUGGCAUCGAGUUGUACCUGGCAAAAUCCACGGGCAAGCGCAACUUCUACGACAUUUUCUCGGGUGACCGGGGCAAGCCCAAGCCUUACGGACAUUACUCUGUGCAGAAAAUGAAGCCCAGGGAACUGGUGACAUACAAGAGCUUUGUGGAAGACCUUAAUGCUCCUCACAAUAAGAAGCGUGGUGUCUUUUCGAAACUUCCUCGAAACCCAAAAACCCCUACAGAGAGGAUUUACUGGACCACCCUCAGCCAGUGUCCCCGAAAACUAGAGACCUGUGGUCCCGGUAUGUGGCUUCCUCCAGAGGAUGAAUGCAAGCAGAUCAACCAGCCACCAUUCCUGCUGUCCUCCAAGCGGUCAGGUGGAAAGGCCUACCAGAUGAUUUUGGGGACCUGGAACCCCGUAGGUGUGGGCCGCUACCUCAACACCUGGCUGAUGGAGUCUAAAGACCACCGGCAGCGGUACCGCUCCCUGUUUCUGAGUGAACCCAAGCGCUACCCCUGGGACCCCAUCAGAGACAGGCUUAUGCAGGAAAGGAUCACACCGUUUACUAAGGGGAAGUGCCCUCCAACUAUGGAUGACAGUGAAGCCCUGCUUACUAAAGCUGCAGAUGGACAAACAGCCUGCAAUGACCAGCGGGCCCAAGAAGACUAGUCUGGGGGUGGGAAGGUUAGAGUGAAGGAUGGUGGGGAGGGAGUCUCAGAGAAAGGAUAUAUGGGGCGGGGGAGGAGAGAUGUGAUGGAGACAUCUAACUCACCAUGUCUGUGAGGACAGCUGGGACCAUCUAGCCUUUGACAUGAGAGAAACAUCUUCCUGAGGUGUGAACAUGGACAUGGAGGCCAGGCAGCAGGUGGUGAACUAAAAGGCUGAGAGAUGGUUGAUACUCUGGAACCCCUUCUAUUCUAAAAUCAAAGUGUUUGAUUAACUGUU